CUUGAAAAGGCCUUGGGCGCUAACGGAACGGGUUUGAUCGCGAUACGAAACGUACCCGGCUUUGUGGAGGCCAAACAGGCUUUUUUACCGCGGGCUCACGACCUUGUCCAGUUACCCUCCUCCCAACUGCUCGCUUUGGAAGAUCCCGUAUCUCUGUACAACGCUGGUUGGUCGCACGGAAAGGAACGCAUGGGGGAUACCCCCGAUUUUGCCAAGGGAAGUUACUACUACAAUCCGGUCACGGAUUGUCCCGGUAGUGCCGCGGAUCGUCAAGCCUAUCCGGUAUCCUAUCCGUGCAACGUGUGGCCGGCCGAAGCCAGUCUCCCCCACUUUCAAACACAAGCCAACACGAUGGGUGCCAUUUUGAAAGACACGGUGGUGGCCUUGGCGCGACAUAUUGACCAACUGGCGGCCCAAAAGGUCCCGGACUAUCCACAAGAUUUCUUGUAUACGCACAUGCAAGCGACGGAGAAGGUCAAGGCCCGCUUGCUCUACUACUUUCCACUCACAAAUAUGAGUCGUGAAGAUUCCUGGAUUGGUUGGCACAACGACAGUGGCUUCUUUACCGCCCUCGCCGGGGACCUAUACGUCGAUCACGAAACGGGACAAGUCCUGGACCAAUCCCCCGAUCCCGCUGCCGGUUUGUACGUCAUUCACCGCUCCGGCCAAACUCAAAAGGUAAACAUUCCACCGGACUGUGUGGCGGUACAGAUGGGUGAGUGCUUGCAAAUUGUCACCGGCGGAGCGGUGACAGCCACACCUCAUUGUGUGCGC